ACUACACAGACUCCAAAGUGGCCUCAACGAUAUCCAUCUAUUUCGACAAUGACUCAAUCAUAUAUAGCAUGGUUAUGUCAGGUCAUGCGUCAAUUCUUGGUAAUUCAGGAGCUACUCUAGCCCAACAUACGUCUUGAUGCCGGCACAAAUUAACGUUAAGCCUGAGAUGACCGUUGAAGCUUUCAUCAAAGGUCGCGCGACGGCACUGCGCGAGCUUAUACCGAAUUCGAUCUUCUUGCAGUACGGUCUGACAAGCAUUGCCGCCACAAGCAGCGCAGCUCAAGAUGCUGUCUACUUCCAGAGCGCCCUCAAUAUCGUGCCUCCGCAGUCAACAAUGUUGACUACCACCGACGAUGUGCCAGGGGUAUGGCGCGUAGUUAGCUCACUACCUUGGAUGCAGGACGCUGCUCGAGAUAGACAAGCAGUCCUGCUCUGGCUCAAAGAGAUCAAACGAAAGGCCGUUUGA